CAUUGCAUCAAUCUAUUUCUAUGUCAUCUUCUUCUUCGUUCAUAUGCUGACCUGUCUUGGACUGAGUGCACAGAUUUACUACAUGGGCACCGUCAAAAUAGAUGGUGGUGUUAUCAAGAGGACAUUCCUUGUUUGCAAGUCAGAUAUAUUCACCUGUGCAAGGCCAACCCAUCCGACCAGGAUAGCUCUUCUGACUGUUGGAAUCAUAGUCAAUUUGGCACUGAGCAUUAUAGGCCUUGUCACAACACCUUCAGACUUUGCGUCCUACCUCCUGGCUAUUAUGAUAGUAAACAUGCUGUUAUACUUAUCAUUCUACUUUAUUAUGAAGCUUAUUUGUCGAGAGAAGAUUCUCCUGGUGGUUAUUUUACUCAUAACACUGACACUCUUCCUGUGGGCAGCCGCUCUUUACUUCUUCCGGAUCAAGAUCACCGGUUGGCAGGUCUCGGCAGCUCAAUCCCGGGAACUAAACACUAACUGUAUUAUCAUGGGCUUCUAUGAUGAGCAUGACACCUGGCAUUUCAUUUCAGCGUUCGCCCUCUUUGUCUCCUUUGUUGUGAGUAUGCAACCUACUUUUAACUAAUGCUUAAGAUUUGAUUUUCUCUCACUUUAGGUUUCAUUCUAAAAGAGGAGAUUCCCAGCUCUAAAAUGAUAUUAACUCAUCACAAAAGAAGGCCCUUACAGUAUGAAAAAGAAAGAUAAUGUCCAGUCUUAACCCUAUCU